AUGGAGCAGUCCUUUGACCUUCCCGACUCUACCGACUGGUUGGACACGCCAGUGUCACUUCUAGCCCCACUCGAGUCCUCACUUCGCUGUCAGGUCUGCAAGGACUUCUUCGAUACCCCGGUCAUCACCUCGUGCAGCCAUACAUUUUGCUCUUUAUGCAUUCGCCGAUGCCUCAGCACAGAAGGGAAAUGUCCUACAUGUCGGUCCGGUGACCAGGAAUUGAAGCUGCGCCGCAAUUGGCUGGUUCAGGAGAUUCUCGAGGCCUUUCAAAACGCUAGAGAAAGUGUUCUCACACUUGCGAAGAAGGAGGCCGCACGAAUCGCUGCCGGGACUACUGAAGAUCCAGAGCCUCCCCAUAAGAAGCGAAGAUUGAGGGAGGAUUCCGAAGACCAAGAGGUUCACGGCACUGAGAACGGUCCUCAGGGCGUGCGUACAAGGUCACAAACCCAGGUGGUGCAGGCGCCAGCGGCUGGACGAGACCAUGGCCGAACCUCGGGAUCGCUAGAGGUGGUGGAAGAUAGUCAAGAUGAAGACUGUGAACCUGGGGAUGGGACGGUCGCGUGCCCGAUCUGCGCUCGCAGAAUGAAGAACGAGGCUGUCUUUGCGCACCUCGAUAGCUGUACUGGCAAUUCGAAUCCUGUCGCAAACCCUGCUUCAAACAAUCCAUCAUCUUUUGGAUCUCUACGGCCUCCAGCACGCCAGAUGCCGAUAUCUCCUUCCAAAGCACCUGAAAGACUCCCUGCGAUGAAUUACUCUUUACUCAAGGAUACUCAAUUACGGAAGAAAUUUCGUGAUCUUGGAAUCCCUAACUGGGGCCCCCGGCAGCUUCUACAAAGACGUCAUAUUGAGUGGAUGAAUUUAUGGAACGCGAAUUGCGAUUCGUCGUUCCCAAAAAGUAAGAGAGCCUUGCUACGCGAGCUUGACGUGUGGGAGAGGACACAGGGCGGGCUUGCGCCAACUCAGUCGUCCCUCGGGCAAACAGCAGCCGUCAUGGCUAAGGAUUUCGAUACGGCUCAAUGGUCUGUGAAUCACGGCACUGAUUUUAAACGUUUGAUCGAGAAUGCCCGCAAGAAAAGCGAGGCCCAAGUGCGGUCAACCAUCUCUGGUGUAAAACCAACCUCUGAGCAAGGUGACAUGCCGGUAGAUCGCCUUGCUGAACCGCCAGUAGAAGAUGAGGCCGAGGGGCUGCGUGCAGCCAGAUGGGAACCGCAAAUACCGGACAAUAUGCCUUGA